UUUUUUAGAAAUGGGGUGUAAAAAGAUUGAUUUUUUAAGCCAUUCUUGACUUGUUCUGUUUAUGUUGUGUGUGCAGGUUUUUGGUUUCUUGGUAAUUUUACUUCUCUGUUUCCUUAUUUCUAUAAGUAGUUUUAGCCAUGAAUCCUUGUCUUCCUGAAUGGAAUAUGGAGACUGAACUUCCUGUUCCACAUCAAAAGAAGUCCAUGGGAUUUGAUCAUGAGCUAGUGGAGUUGUUGUGGCGAAAUGGGGAGGUUGUAUUACAUAGCCAAACACAUAAAAAGCAGCCAGGCUAUGAUCCUAAUGAAUGCAGACAGUUUAACAAACAUGAUCAAUCAACAAUAAGAGUUGCUGGAAAUCAGACUAAUUUGAUUCAAGAUGAUGAAACUGUCACGUGGCUCAAUUGCUCUAUCGAUGAUUCGUUUGACAAAGAAUUUUGUUCCCCUUUCUUAUCUGAUAUUUCAACAACUCCUCCCCUAGGGGAGGCUGCUGAUAAGUCAAUUAGGCAAUCAGAGGAAAAUAAUAAGGUUUUCAAGUUUGAUCCUUUAGAGAUCAACCGUGUUCUUCCGCAAUCACAUCAUUCUGGUUUCGAUCCAAAUCCAAUGCCCCCUCCAAGAUUUCACACCUUUGGAUCAGCACAACAGCAACAUCAUAUAGUAGGGAGGAAUCAGAAAGGUGUUAACUUUCCUCCACCAAUAAGGUCCUCCAAUGUGCAACUUGGUGGCAAAGAAGCUAGAAGCAAUCUGAUGCUGCAAGAUAUUAAAGAGGGGUCUGUGAUGACAGUUGGUUCAAGCCACUGUGGCAGCAAUCAAGUUGAUACUAGCCGGUUUUCAAGUAGUGCAAAUAGAGGGUUGUCUACAGCAGUGAUCACUGACUAUACCGGAAAAAUCAGUCCACAAAGUGAUACAAUGGACCGAGACACAUUUGAACCAGCUAAUACAUCUUCGUCUUCAGGAAGAUCGGGUAGUAGUUAUGCAAGAGUGUGUAAUCAAUCUACAGCAACCAAUAGCCAGAGCCACAAAAGGAAGAGUAGAGAUGGUGAAGAACCAGAAUGCCAGAGUAAAGCUGAUGAGCUAGAAUCAGCUGGAGGAAACAAGUCAGCCCAAAAAUCUGGAACUGCCCGAAGGAGCCGUGCUGCAGAAGUGCAUAACCUCUCUGAAAGGAGACGGAGGGAUAGAAUCAAUGAGAAAAUGAAGGCCUUGCAAGAGCUUCUUCCUCACUCUACUAAGACAGAUAAAGCAUCUAUGCUGGAUGAGGCUAUUGAAUACUUGAAGUCACUUCAGAUGCAACUGCAGAUGAUGUGGAUGGGGAGUGGCAUGGCAUCAAUGAUGUUCCCUGGUGUCCAACACUACAUGUCCAGAAUGGGAAUGGGGAUGGGUCCGCCUUCAGUGCCUUCCAUUCACAAUGCUAUGCAUUUUGCUAGGCUUCCUUUGGUUGAUCCAGCAAUCGCUUUGACACAAGCUGCGUCCAACAAUCAAGCUGCAAUGUGCCAGAAUUCAAUGUUGAAUCAAGUUGACUAUCAGCGCCAUUUGCAGAAUUCCAACUUUCCAGAGCAAUAUGCUAGUUACAUGGGGUUCCAUCCACUUCAAGGCGCUUCUCAGCCUAUAAACAUUUUUGGCUUAGGUUCACAUACAGCACAGCAAAGUCAGCAGCUACCGCAUCCAACUAAUAGUAAUGCACCCACCACUUGAAGAUUUAUCACUGAGGAUGCUAUCGGUGGAAAAUUAGGACAAGGAACUUGCUUCAUUUGGCCUAAUGUUUAUCAUGGUAUUAGACUCUGGCAAUCAAUGCCGGAAGAUCUGAAGAUUUUGGAAGCUAACCGUUCAAAGAUGUAAGAGACAUCGACAUUACAUGGACUUCAUUGUAUGAGACUCAUGGAGACUUCCUCAUAUAGCAAAGCUAUAAGUUUUUUAUUCUAUAGGAGCUUAGCAUAUUUCUCAUGAACUUCAUUGAAUGAUUAAUAGUUAGAAUCUGUAACUUACUGUAUAUAAGUAAAUUUAAUGAGGAAUAAGAAACUAUUUGGUUUUCAGA